AUGAAUUUGUCAUUUCAGGAUUUGGUGAUAUUCAGAGAUGUGGCUGUAGACUUUUCUCAGGAAGAGUGGAAAUGCCUGAACUCAUAUCAGAGGAAUUUGUACAGAGAUGUGAUAUUAGAGAACUAUAGCAACUUGGUGUCAGUGGGAUGUUCCAUUUCUAAGCCAGAUGUAAUUACCCUAUUAGAGCAAGGGAAAGAACCUUGGAUGGUUGUGAGGGAUGAGAAAAAAAGAUGGAGUCUGGAUUUGGAAUCCAAAAAUUUAUCUCAAAAGGACAUUUAUGAAAUGAAUUUAUCUCAGUGGGAGAUAAUGGAAAACAUUAGAAGUUGUAGCCUGGAAGACUGCCUUUUCAGAAAAAAAUGUGAAUAUAAAAAGUUUGAGAGACAAAAAGGUCCUCAAAUGGGAUAUUUCAGGCAAGUGAAAAAAAACACCUCUGUAAAAAGGCCCACUAACAGAAAACUCAAAUCUUUUACUUUAUAUCAGAGAAUUCAUAAUAGAGAGAAAACCUAUGAAUGUGGGGAAUGUGGAAAGGCGUUUAGAGUACGCCAACAACUUACUUUCCAUGAGAGAAUUCAUACUGGUGAGAAACCCUAUGAGUGUAAAGAUUGUGGUAAAGCAUUUAGACAGUGUGCCCACCUUAGUCGACAUCAGAGAAUUCAUACUCCUGACAAACUUCUUGAAUGUAAAAAAUGUGGAAAGAUCUUUACAUGUAGUGCAGAUCUUCGAGUACAUCAGAGAAUUCAUAUUGGUGAGAAGCCCUAUGAAUGUAAGGAAUGCGGGAAGUCCUUUAGAGUGCAAGGACAACUUAAUCUUCAUCAAAGAAUUCAUACUGGUGAGAAACCCUACGAAUGUAAGGAAUGUGGGAAGACCUUUAGACAGUAUGCACACCUUACUCGCCAUCAAAGACUUAAUAUUGCUGAGAAGUGCUAUGAAUGUAAGGAAUGUGGUCAGGCUUUUCUGUGUAGUACAGGCCUUAGAAUACAUCACAAACUUCAUACAGGUGAAAAACCCUAUGAAUGUAAGGAUUGUGGGAAAGCCUUCAGAGUGAGGCAACAACUUACUCUCCAUCAGAGAAUUCAUACUGGUGAGAAACCCUAUGAUUGUAAGGACUGUGGGAAGACAUUUAGUCGUGGCUAUCAUCUAACUCUCCAUCAGAGAAUUCAUACUGGUGAGAAACCUUAUGAAUGUAAAGAAUGUCAGAAGUUCUUUCGUCGUUAUUCAGAACUUAUUUCACAUCAGGGUGUUCAUAUUGGAGAGAAGCCCUAUGAUUGUAAGGAAUGUGGGAAAGCAUUUAGACUGUUCUCUCAACUUACUCAACAUCAGAGUAUUCAUUUUGGUGAGAAACCUUAUAAAUGUAAGGAAUGUGAGAAGACAUUUAGACUGCUCUCACAACUUAGGCAACAUCAGAGUAUUCAUACCGGUGAGAAACCCUAUGACUGUAAGGAAUGUGGAAAGGCCUUUAGACUUCAUUCAUCACUUAUUCAACAUCAGAGAAUUCAUUCUGGAGAGAAACCAUACAAUUGUAAGGAAUGUAAGAAGGCAUUUAGACAACACUCACACCUUACUUACCAUCAGCGAAUUCAUAAUGUAACUAAAUAG